UCGGCUGCCAAAAUCCUGCCAGCCCCCCUCCCCGCCCGAGCGCCCCUCCCCGCUACAUUCCUGCGAGGCUCCAGCGUUGGGUGGGGGCAUCGAUGUUUGCCAUGUGCCAACCGGAAUUCCCCCUCCAUCCACAGCUUGGUGAAGUCCAGGGAAAUUCACAGCAGGAUGUGAUCUACCGUAACAAAAAGGACUCCCAUCCAGACAAGAACCUCAACUUCAUGGAUGAGAAGUCCUAUGAUAGCAAUGAAAACUGGAGCCAAUCCAUAUCAAAGGUGCAGAUACCAGAGGAAUGGGAGCAAUGGAAUUACAGUGGGAUAAAGAAGGUACCUGAGAAUCGGACUGAUCUAAUAUGCCAACAGAAAACAAAGAAUUGCUCCAGAGGCAUUUCUCAGAACCUAAAGUCUGAUGACAACUUCCUGGGUUUAGAGGAGGAGAAGGAAGGAGAGGAAGAGGACAUUCGUAGACCACCCGAAGGUGCUGAGGUCAGGAGUCCAGAACAAGAGACCAACUGCCAGGUGAAGGUGAAGGUAAGAGGGAAACUGGCCAGGUCCCCUCAAGAAGAUAAGGGUUGUUCCAGCAGUCAUUGGAUUGAUAGCCCUGAGAGUGAUGGCACCAAUGUUUGGAAGAUACCUUCUGUUACUGAUGAAGACUGGACAUGUAACACUAAGCAACAAGCCUCCUCUGGUGAUUUUGACAGUUCUUCCUCUAGUUCUGAGACCUUCUCCCCAUCACUGGCAGAAGCUUUCAGGAACAUGCAGGAGAAGGAGAAGUUCAAAGAGUUGGAGAAACAGAAAUAUCGCAUCCACUUAGUGAUGUAUCGCCGCCUGGCCUUGCUACGCUGGAUUCGCAGCCUCCAACAGAAUGUUGCUGACCAGCAAAAUCGACUGCAGGAGAGCUUUGACACUAUCCUGGACAACCGCAAAGAACUUAUUCAACAUGUCCAGCAAGGCAUGGGGCACACCAAAACCUCAACUUAGGGAGAAUUGUAAAAAAAAAGCCCCCCCUUCUAUCUCUUCAUUUCUUAGUUUGGCCUCCCAAAUAAGGGUCAUCAGGAUCAUGGUUUGUUUGCAAUUUGCCCCAGUGGACUUUUCUCGUGUUUGAUGUUCCUCCUAGAACACAUCAGAAAAUUAUCAGCAAGUUAGUCAUAGACACUCCAGGACGUAUUAUUUAUGUGGACACAUAAUUUUUGUUCCAAGAUAUUUUCCAAGAUGCAUCACUUCUGGCGGUGAAUGUAUUAUAAAUACAACUUAGAGUGAAACAAAAUAAGAGAUGCAGGUGGUAUUAUGAUGAAUAGAGCCUAUGGCCAUGGAGAAAAGCUGAAAAAUUGUGGACAUAUAGGCUUAUAAAAUACCUGCUAAGCAUCUGAGAUGGAAAGAAGCUUGAAAUGGGAAUUUUUUAAGUCAGUUAUCAAGUUUUGUGCUACUAACUGGAUAAAAUGUUGGAUGCUUCAAACCAUGAUACAACUUGCAUGGCAUGACAUCCUUAUGAUACAUGAGGUAGUUCUGUACCACUAUUUGAUAACCACCCCGAACUGCCAAAUUUCUGUUCCUAACCCGCCUGGCCAUUUCCAUACACUUUGCCUUAUUUAUCAUCCUUGUUAGCUAGACUCCAUCCUUCUUGCUAUGAACAAGGGCUUUGAGUUGGUUUGCUAUCCAAGCUUUCUAUUCUAGGUUUUGCUAGGCAAGCUUUCACAUCCUGCUUCCAGGUGCUUACAACUUUUUCAGCCCUUAAAGUUCAAACCUAUCAGCAUGCAAAACAAGAAUCUGGAAACCAAAGAUCUGAAAGGCUUUAGAAUAGGCAGGAUUCUUCUCUCCAGCCUUGUAUUUGGUUAAUCUACAUCUGGUUCUUUCCUUGGCCCUCAUCAACUUAUCAAAAUGGGAUGAUGCUGAAUUUGAAGCUGAUUUUGUGAACCAAUCAACAUAUGCCCCAAAUGUAACCAACCCAACAAUCUAAAUUGUAUCUCCUGUUCUUCAUCUGAUCCUUGGUGUAUGUUGAACCAAGGUUGGAUGUCAACAUAAAAAAAUCUGUGCCCAAGUUGAUUGAAGAAAGAGGAUCUUGUUUCCUACGUUUUGGACAAUGACCUCUUUAAAUUAAAACCAGAAGCACGUUUCACUUUACUUCCAAAUAAACCAAACCUUUCCAAGAGUGUAUUCACCUUGGAGACCAAAUAUGAUUGUGCACAUAACUGCAUGCAUGUUUGUUUAAAAAAAAACAAAAGCAGCAUGGAAUAUUGUAACUUUCAAAGUAACACAGUUGUAUGUUAACUUCCAGAAAUCUUCAUCACUAUCUAAAAUUGAAGCCUAGUAGCCUCUUGAAGCCCAUAAAUUUUUGCAUAAGUAGAGUAAUAAUACAGGUACUUCUCAAUUUACAACUGUCGUAAAUCAUGGCGGCUGUAAAGCAGGUCACCUAUGUGAUUGAACUAAUUUUAUGACCUUUUUUGGUGGUCAUUAAGCAAAUGCUGUGUUGGUUAAGUGACCCCAUUAUUCACCAUGGGCCAUUUUUGUCCCAAACCAGAAGUAAAUGCCACUUCUCAAAAUCUUUCCUCCUUAAGCUGUUCAUUCUCUUGGAAUGAAGAAGAGACAUAUAUCUCAUCCUUGUGCCUCUCAAUCAUACCCCACACUGCCCUUUAAAAAAAACAAACAAGUGUGCUAUAUUUCCUUGAAUUUUAUUUUUAUAAGACUAAUUCCUGUCUUCCACAUCCAGAAAGGCUAUAGAAAUUGAAUUAAAUGUCACACAAUACACUGAAGAGAUACCUAAUCCUGUAAGUAGAUUUGCAAUAAUAUAACUACAAACUACUGUUCUCUAGUCUACAAUGUUUGGUGAACACAAACUCUGAGCGACUUGCUAACAAAACUGGCUCCUCUUUUAAGAUGAGUUAGAAAGUUUCUGAGAGUGUUUGACAUUUUCCAAAAUAUCUAAAUUAGGGAAUAUCAUAUGAAAAUAUUUGUUUGGCCAAUUGACCACACCCAAUUUGCUAUUUCUUUAGUAUGAUAAGCUGUCAGAUUUAUGUCAAAGUUAAUAUCCCCUAGUUCUUCAGUAUAAUCUACUGACCUCAGUUGGUUCUGGUUACCUUCAAGAUUAAUAGAUAUUUCACCCAGCAUCUUUUUGGUGGAAGUGAAAUUUAUUUUUUUAAAUAUUUUACAUAAUGUUUAUUUUAAUCUUCCUUUCCUGCAGAUGAUUCCAACUAUGAUAGAAGUAGAGAUAUACGGAUGUACAUUUCCAGUAAUGGAUAUCGCGUUGCGGAAAUCCUUCUCAAACUGAUUUUUUUUAAAAAAACAUUUAUGAUUCAUCUGUGUAAAGAGACUUGUCUGUUGCUUUUCUAUAUUUUUUUUAACAGAAUAAAUGUAUUACAAAGUAUAAUAUAGGAUAAUGAUGUAAACUGAUUUUACUGAUUGAAGCAUUUGGGUAAUUAUUGCUAUCGCUAGUACAAAUCAGGAGUGAUAUGCAUGUUCUUUGAAAGAAGAUAAAAAUGUCUAUAUUUGGAGACAUACUUUGCAUCUUGAUUAGUAAGCUCCUACCUAAGGCAUUUUGUGGGUAAAUGAAAUAAGAUUAUAGAAUGAGAAUGCAGGUGGCAAUACAUUGGAUGUAAAAUUUC